ACGCGGCCAAGGGUUGCACAUUUUACUGAUGCUGGACCUGGAGUUGGGGUUUCCAAUCUUGCAGUAAAGUUUCGAGAUGCAGAACUUGCCCGGCUGGAACGUUCAGACUACAGAAUUCGUGUACACAGAGCUUGUGCAGAGAGCGGGCAGAAUGAAGCCGAAAGAACCAACUCAGCAUCUGGUAUUAAAAUCUUAAAACAUUUUGACCUACUAUAUUCAAUCAUGCAUAUGACUGUAUAUACGAACCCUUAAUUAAAAACCAUUUAUAUAACAGAUCACGAUAAAAAUUAAGCCAUAAAUAUUAAGAAAACUACAAUAAUAUUGUACAAUAGUUGAUCUGUUCUGUAGGUUCUGUAUCUUUUCAUAAUAAUCUUGCAGGUGAUGCUAUUGUUGAUGGAAAAACCAUUCAAUGGGAAUAUUACAAAAAAUUUGAAGGAAUGACAAGUGAUGAAAUAACAUCCAUGACAAUGAAAGAGUAUGAAAAGCAUGAAUGAGAUUGUAUGGAGAGAAACGCAUGGCUUGUGGCUGAUGAUUUGAGUAAUCGCUUGGACGGUGCUCCAGUGCUCAGCAGUUUUAUUCAUGGGUUGGUUUCACAGAAAUCAGAAGAUCAUUUUUCUUCAACAAGGAAGAGCUUAGAGUAUUCAACAAUACUAGUAGUUCCACAAACAAAAACUUGCCAGGUUCUGCAUAUUUCAAGAAAAUCAAUGCUUUCAUUGGUAAUCAUUAUGUAUAUGGAGAACUGUUUAUGGAGUAUCUGAAAGGAGCAUGUGAAACCUCGACUGGACAACUAUGUGACUUCUGCACUAACACACCAUGGGUUGGUCCUCACAUGAACAGGAUUCCACAGCCAAUUCCAGAUUAUGAGAAAUUACCUUCAUAUCACUAUAGGUCAGUGUUUAACACACCAAUCAACACUGAUGCUGGUUUGCCAUGGGAUCCUGAUGAUUAUAUGCCACGAGCACAAUUCGGUAAGGAUUUUGCAGCUGGAAAGCGUAUACUUGGCAAUCCAGAAGAAGUGAAGACCUUUGCAAAAAAAUAUAUAGUCAAGGAGGAAUAUAUCACCCAGUAUGUUCAACACUUGCAGGAGCUAGAGUGGGCAAAAGAAAUCAGAACCAGAACGAGGCAAGCUGAUGCAGCUGAGAAGAAGAACAAGUCGUUUGAAGAUUAUGCAUGCCAGGAACUAUUAGAAGAUGGGAAACUAGGGAAACUGACAGUUGCUGAAUUGAACAAAUACCUGGCACAUCAUAAUUUGCCACUUACAGGGAAGAACGCUGAUAACGUUCGAACUAUUGUUAUGCAUCUUGCUGCUAUAAAUGUGCCAAUGGUAUUCAUUGAUGAUGAAGAAGAAGAACAGGAGAUGGAAGCACCCGAAGAAAUUAUUGCUGAGAUUGACAGUGAUGACUCAGAUGUGGCUAUUGAAGAUUUUGAAUUAGAUGAGAUUGAGACAGGAGAAGAUUCAGAUUCUGAUGAUGACGAAACUGUUUUGUUUCAAAGUUUAGUUGAUGCCCAGGUUACACGCCGUGGGAGACAAGUCAAACGUCACACUGCAAACGACUAUUUAUUUUACUGA